CGGAAACCCCAAAACUCAAGUCAAUAUUUACAAAGCGGUUUAGUGAUUAACUGUCCCCUUCUGCUGCAGCUGCUGCGGGUCCCAGCAGGCACGCGCACACUCACGCGCACGCAGCACGAGCAGCUCGGUUCACUCGGUCCGCUCCACGAUGCUGUGCGUCCCGGUCCGGAGAGGUGCGGGUCUCCUGCGCAGAGCCGGUCUCCUGUCGGCGUGGACGCGGCCCCAGAGCCGCGGGCCCGACCUCAGCGGCAUCUACCCCCCCAUCGCCACCCCCUUCACCCCCGGGGAGGACGUGGACUACCGCAAGCUGGAGGGAAACCUGCGGAAGUACGCCGAGAUACCGUUCCGAGGUCUGGUGGUGCAGGGCUCCAACGGGGAGUACCCCUACCUCACCGAGGAGGAGCGGGUGGAGGUGGUGGAGACGGUGAGACGAUCGCUGCCCAAAGACAAACUGCUGAUGGCGGGAUCGGGCUGUGAAUCCACCAGGGCCACGCUGCGCCUCACGGAGAAGAUGGCGGCGGCCGGGGCCGACCUGGCUCUCGUGGUGACGCCCUGCUUCUACAAGGGCAAGAUGGACGGGGCGGCUCUGAUCCAGCACUUCACCAAGGUGGCGGACGGCAGCCCGGUGCCGGUGGUUCUGUACAGCGUGCCGGCCAACACGGGCCUGGAGCUGCCGCUGGACGCCGUGGUGCGGCUCUCCCAGCACCCCAACAUCCUGGGGCUCAAAGACAGCGGGGGGGACAUCUCCCGGAUCGGCCUGAUCGUGCACAGAACCUCCACGCAGGACUUCCAGGUGUUGGCGGGCUCAGCAGGGUUCCUCAUGGCCGCCUACAGCGUGGGUGCGGUGGGCGGCGUGUGCGCGCUGGCCAACGUGUUGGGCCGCGAGCUGUGUGAGCUGGCCAGCCUCUGUGUGUCCGGCCGCUGGGAGGAAGCCAGAGGCCUGCAGCAGCGCCUCAUCGAGCCCAACGCCGCCGUGACCAGGAAGCUGGGAGUUCCCGCCCUGAAGCAGGCGAUGGACUGGUUCGGUUUGCACGGCGGCGCCUGCCGGUCGCCCCUCCAGCCGCUCAGCGAGGCCGAGGCGCAGCAGCUGAGGCGGGACUUCUCCUCCAAUGGCUGGCUGUGAGGGGACCCAGCGGGGGGGCCCGAAGGGGGGGGGGGGGGGGUCUGUGUGUGUUCUUAGCUCUACAGACCCGGAUCACGACAAUGGUUGACUCGC